CACCGGGGCGUGGGCAGGGCCGGGGCGCCCGCGGAUGACGGAGCGCGGGGACUGAGCGUCAUCUGAGGCCGCCGGGAGCAGCUGCUUCUGCCGACCGGCGAGAUGAGCGCGGAGGACGAGCUGAGCCUGCUGGUCAUCGUCAUCGACACCAACCCCAUCUGGUGGGGGAAGAGGGCGCUGGGAGAGGCGGAGCAGUUCACCCUGUCGAAAUGCAUCGAUGCCGUGAUGGUGCUGGGAAAUUCCCACUUGUUCAUGAAUCGCACCAACAAACUCGCUGUGAUAGCAAGUCACACACAGGAAAGCCGUUUCCUGUACCCUGGGAAGCGUUGGGCUUCUGCAGAUCCCUUCGGAGAUGGAGGCAGUUCCAUGGAAUCUAAUUGCUCUGGCAGCAAGGAUGGAAAAUAUGAAUUAUUGACAGCAAUAAAUGAUGCAAUUGCAGAAGAGAUUAAAGACCUCAUGACAAAAACUGAGAUGAAAGGCCAGCAAACAGAAACCCUGCUAGCAGGAUCACUUGCUAAAGCACUUUGUUACAUCAACAAGAUGAGCAAAGAGGUGAAAGCCAAUCAAGAAAUGAAAUCAAGGAUUUUGGUCAUAAAAGCCGCAGAAGACAGCACGUUGCAAUAUAUGAAUUUCAUGAAUGUGAUCUUUGCAGCACAGAAACAGAGUAUUUUGGUUGAUGCCUGUGUCCUGGACUCUGAUUCGGGUCUUCUACAACAGGCCUGUGACAUUACGGGUGGCAUAUAUUUGAAAGUGCCCCACAUGCCAUCCCUCCUGCAAUAUUUGUUGUGGGUAUUUCUCCCUGACCAAGAGCAGAGAUCACAGCUGGUCCUCCCACCUCCUGUUCAUGUUGACUACAGAGCUGCGUGUUUCUGUCAUCGGAACCUCAUUGAAAUUGGUUACGUGUGCUCUGUGUGCUUGUCAAUAUUCUGCAACUUCAGUCCUAUUUGCAGUACCUGCGAGACUGCUUUCAAAAUAUCAUUGCCACCUGUCAUGAAAGCAAAGAAGAAGAAAUUAAAGUUAGCUGCGUAACAACAUUAUGUAAAUACAUCAUUACCUCCUCCAGUAAUUCCGUGGAAUGGAACCUACUUGAGAAAUUGCUGGCACUUUUUAUUGGGUAUGAAAGAGAACUGGAUGAAGUGCUAUUACUUUUUUGUUAGGGGAUAAAUAUUUAAACGAGAUGUCUUCUAUGCAGCCCUUUAAGUAACGAAUCACUGUAUUACCAUGUAACCUGUGCUGUUUUCCCUACUAAUUCUGAACUGUAAGAGGAACCAGAAGUUACAUCCUGUAAGGAGACACAGCCUGUGAAGUUGAAGGUAUUCUGGCCACUGCAAAGUUUUCCACCUUUCAGUUGUUUUCAAAGACAAGAAAGCUGUGGUUCUUUUUGUUGCUGUAAAGUUCAGAAUGACCAGUUCUAGGGUGUAGGAUCAGAACUUUAGCAUUAUGUUGUUCAGGGACUUCAGCUCCUUGCUAGCAAUUUUUGGACUAAAACAGCAUCAGUUUCAAAAGAAAUGAGCCAACAUUUUCAAGGUGGUUUGGGAGCCACUUGAAUAAAAAGGUGCUAAUUGCCCUACAUAUGCACUCAAGUGUACUCAUAUUCCUUUGACUGUAUUGUCCUUGUGGUACUUCUUUCUCAAUUUGAUAUAUCUUCGUUUGUGAAUAAAAAGGCCUUUCUUUGUUUGAAAUAACACCAAUAAAUGCAGACUAACUGCCUAGUCUUUAAGAUUGUAUUUUGAAAUUGGAAAACAAAAAAUGUAGUUGUAAUAUGACAACAGGCACACGUCUUUUUUUAGUAUGUGGGUUUACAUCUGGCAUUUGACAAGAACAAAGACUAAACAAACAAUGUCCCCAUCUAAAAAGUAACUCUACAGUUUGGAGAUUUAGCCUGUUUUAGUAACUGCCAUUCUCCUGAAAGGAAUACAGAGAGGAAUUGUUUCCUGCGUAGAAAAGGACUAAUUUUUUUCUUCCUAAUGUCUACACAAGAAUUUGUCAUGUCUUGAUAUCAGGUUUUGUCACUGUAACAGCUUUAGUGCCAGUUUUUUCCAGGCUUGCCAGAGUACAAGGUGAGCUUUUUUGAUUGCCAAAAGCCAUUUUGUGUGAAGGCUGUAUUUAUAAUUUACUUGGUAUAAAACUUUUGUAAUAAAAAUUGUUUCUUUUGCAA